ACACUUAUACAGACACAGACUGGCAGGAUGCAGGUGGACCUGCUGUGGAUCACUGCUGCUCUUCUAUCUUCACCACUGCUCACACUAUGUGACCCACUCAACAUUCUGUCCUCCCCGAACUUGCUGAGGGUGGGCAGCUCAGAGCACGUGUUCGUGGAGGCUCAGGAUUACGCUGGAGGAGACCUCCCUGUGAGGAUCGUUGUGAGGAAUCAUCCACAGAAAAGCAGAGAGCUGGUAUCUGAAUCGGUGGUUCUCACCGCUGCAAAGAACUACCAGGCACUUGUAGCCAUAAAGAUUGUGAAAAACGACGAGGUCUUCAGCGAUGACCCCUUAGAGAAGCAGUACGUGUACCUGCAGGCCCACUUUCCCUCUGCUGUGCUGGAGAAGGUGGUCAUGGUCUCCUUCCAGUCAGGCUACAUAUUCAUCCAGACAGACAAGAGCAUCUACACACCCAGCAGUACAGUCCAAUACAGAAUCUUCUCAAUGAGUCCUGAUCUGCAGCCAUUUGACCAGAGUGGAAUCUCUGCAGAAAUCAUAAAUCCUCAAGGAAUCACAAUUCAUAAGGAUACGAUCUUCCCUAAACAAGGGACUCUGACAGGGAAGUACGAUAUUCCUGAACUUGCCAGCCCUGGAAUAUGGACAGUAGCAGCUUGCUUCAAGAACACCCCUCAGAAGAACUUCACUGCUGAGUUUGAAGUGAAAGAAUAUGUGCUGCCAACCUUUGAGGUCACCUUAAAACCAUCAAAGUCUUUCUUCUACGUCGAUGAUGAUCAACUACAAGUGGACAUCACUGCCAAGUAUCUGUUCGGGAACAAAGUGGGAGGAAAUGCAUUCGUUGUGUUUGGUGUGAUGCAAGGUGACAGCAAGACCAGCCUGCCGGCCUCUUUAAGAAGAGUGACGAUCAAGGAAGGAGUGGGACAUGCAUUGCUGACUAAAGAGAUGAUCCAGAAGACUUUUCCAGACAUCAACCAGCUUGUGGGAAGCUCUUUGUACAUUUCAGUCAGUGUUUUAACAGAAACUGGUAGUGAAAUAGUGGAAGCUCAGAGGCGGGGCAUUCCAAUUGUGACAUCACCGUAUACCAUCCACUUCAAAAGAACACCUAAAUUCUUCAAACCUGGAAUGCCUUUUGAUGUCACGGUGUAUGUGACAAACCCAGAUGGAACACCUGCUGAUAGACUGGAUGUUAUUGUCAACCCUGGAGGUGGGAUGGGUCGAACCAAGGCCAACGGCAUGGCAAAGGUCACAGUCAACACCCAGGCAGGAGCCAAGAGUCUACAAAUUACUGCAAAAACCAAUGACCCAGCCAUUUUAGACAAGAGACAGGAUGAAAAGCAAAUGACUGCUGAAGCCUACGCUACUAAAGGAGGCUCCAGCAAUUACCUUCACAUUGGCAUUGACGCUGAAGAACUGAAAGUUGGUGAUAAUAUGAAAAUUAAUCUGAACUUCGACAAGAGUCCUGGAGUCCAAAAUCAAGAUUUCACUUACCUGAUCCUCAGUAAAGGACAGAUUGUCCAAGCAAACAGGUUUAAGAGACAAGGACAGUCUCUAGUCACUCUGUCUCUUCCAGUCACCAAAGACAUGCUUCCUUCCUUCCGUGUGGUGGCGUAUUACCAUGUGGGAUCUUCUGAGGUCGUGGCUGAUUCGGUCUGGGUUGACGUAAAGGACACAUGUAUGGGAAUGCUGAAACUGGAGGUAAAAGAACCCAAGGGAUCAUAUGAGCCUGGCGAGCGGUUUGCGCUCACAAUUACUGGAGAUCCUGGUGCCAAGUUUGGCCUUGUAGCUGUGGACAAGGGCGUCUUUGUCCUCAACAAAAACAGACUCACACAGGACAAAAUCUGGGACAUCAUUGAGAAGCAUGACACUGGCUGUACAGCUGGCAGUGGUAAAGACACUAUGGGGGUUUUCUAUGAUGCUGGUCUGCUGUUUGAGUCUGACAAAGCAGGAGGCACCGACUCUAGAACAACACCCAUCUGUCCCACUUCACCAAAGAGAAAACGGAGAGCUGAGACUGUUCUACAGAUCAGCCAAACACUGACGGGAAAAUACAGUGGCCAACAAAAGACAUGUUGUGCAGAUGGACUGAGGAAGAAUAGGCUGGGCUACACAUGCGAGCGGAGAGCUACAUUCAUCGUCGAAGGUGCAGAGUGUGUCCAAGCCUUCCUAACCUGCUGCAAGGAGAUGCAAUCACGCAAGCGGGAGGAGGGAGAAGAGGAAAUGCACCUGGCUCGAAGUGAGGAAGAUGAUGAUUUUUAUGUAAGCUCAGAUGAAAUUACCUCACGUACACAGUUCCCAGAGAGUUGGCUCUGGGAGGACAAGGUGCUGCCAGCCUGCAGAGCAGGUCCAUGUGCUACAACAACCUUGAGCCUGGAGAAUAACUUUUUGAAAGACUCCAUCACUACCUGGCAGAUCCUAGCCAUCAGUCUCUCUAAGACCCAUGGUAUCUGUGUGGCUGAUCCUUAUGAAAUGGUUGUUAAAAAGGAUUUCUUUUUGGACCUGAAGUUGCCCUACUCAGCAGUGCGCAAUGAGCAAUUAGAAAUCAAGGCAGUCCUGCACAACUUCUCUAGUAAGAAACAUAAGGUGCGUGUGGAAUUCAUAGAGACGGAACAUGUUUGCAGUUCGGCCAGCAAGAAGGGCAGGUAUCGUACCAUGGUUAAUGUCGACGCACAGUCCUCCAGAUCCAUCUCAUACAUUAUUAUUCCCAUGGAGCUGGGCAACCACUGGAUUGAGGUGAAGGCUGCAGCAUUUGACUCAACACUCACUGAUGGAGUAAGGAAGGCCCUGAAGGUGGUGUCUGAGGGUGUUUUAACUUCAGUUGAGGAGAAGAAUGUGGAGCUCAACCCCUCUAAAGCUCAUGGUGGCGUGCAAGUCGUGCACGUGAAGAGUGACAUACCAGAUGGACAGAUUCCCAACACUCCUGCACAUACAUACAUCACUGUGUCUGGUCAGGAGGUGAGUCAGACAAUCGAGCAGGCCAUCAGUGGUGACUUCAUGGGGCGUCUGAUUGUGCAACCUGGUGGCUGUGGAGAGCAGACCAUGAUCUACAUGACCCUGCCCCUCAUUGCCACGCACUACCUGGACACCACCAAGCAGUGGGAGAAAGUUGGAAUGGAUCGUCGUGCCGAAGCUGUCAAACACAUCCAGACAGGUUAUGAACGAGAGCUGACUUACCGUAAAGAUGAUGGAUCCUAUGCUGCAUGGCUACACAGACCGAGCAGCACAUGGCUGACGGCGUACGUGGCCAAAGUCUUUGCAAUGGCCAGUAGCCUCAUUCCCAUUCAGGAGCAUGUUCUCUGCAGCGCUAUUAAGUGGCUGGUUCUGAAUGGACAGAUGCCGGAUGGCAUGUUCAAAGAAAGCGCACCUGUAGUUCAUGGGGAGAUGGUCGGAGAUGUGCGAGGAAAGGAUGCAGACGCAUCUCUGACAGCAUUCGUCCUGAUUGCCAUGCAAGAAGGAAGUGAACUUUGUACCAAGGCGGUCCCUAGUCUUCCAGAGAGCACGAAGAAGGCCAUUGAUUAUCUAGAACGUAGACUUCCCACUUUGACCAAUCCUUAUGCUGUUGCUAUGACGUCCUAUGCCAUGGCCAACGCUGGCACAUUCGACAAAGAGUUCCUGAUGAAGUAUUCCUCUGGAGACGGUGCCUAUUGGCAAGUCGCUGGAGCACAUCACUUCUCCCUGGAAGCCACAGCCUAUGCCCUGCUGGCCCUGGUAAAGGCGAAGCAGUUAGACGAAGCAGGGAAAGCCGUGCACUGGCUCAACAGGCAGACCAGUCCUUAUGGAAGUGGCGGCACCACACAGGCAACUAUCAUGGUCUUCCAAUCUGUGGCUGAGUACUACAAGCAAGUGAAGAAGCUUCAGGAUGCAGACUUGGAUGUGGAGCUGGCUGUGAGUGGACGAACCAGUAAAAGCAGAUGGAUUUUCAAAAGGGACUCGUCACACCUCACCCGUUCAGACAAGGUUCAGCUCAAGCAGGAAUUCAAUAUUACUGCUAAGGGAAGUGGUGUGGGAUCUCUCAAAGUAGUAACAUACUACUAUGCCAGACCCACUGAGAAGGAAAGUGACUGCAAAAUGUUUGAUCUUACUGUUAAGAUGGAAAGACAACGUGAUGUAUCAUAUCAAGGGGCUAAAGAAAGUUACUUGGUCACCAUUGACACCUUCUAUAAGAGUCAAACCAGAGAUGCCACUAUGUCUAUUUUGGAUAUCGGCCUUUUGACAGGAUUUGUGGUGGAUGAACGUGACCUCACGGAACUGACGACCGGGAGCGACAGAUAUGUUCAAAAGUUUGAGAUGAAUAAACAGCUUUCAGAGCGAGGCUCCCUCAUCCUCUACCUAGAUAAGGUGUCUCGUGGGGUGGUAGACAGGAUUGCUUUCAGAGUGCACAAGAUCACCGAAGUGGCUAUGCUUCAACCUGCUGGCAUCACUGUGUACGAGUACUACUCUCCAGAGGCCCGCUGUGUGAAGUUCUACCACCCAAUGAAGAAAGAUGGAGCUCUGAACAGACUGUGCAAUGAUCAGGAGGGUCUGUGCCAAUGCGCUGAAGAAAACUGCAGUGUACAAAAGAAAGAUAAAAUUCCAGAAAAAGAUCGGGAGAAAAGGGCUUGCGAAGCUGGCAUGGAUUACGUUUACAGAGUCAAAGUUCUGAAGACUGACCUGAGCCCAUACACAGACUACUACACCAUGAAGAUUGAACAGGUUCUGAAAGAAGGCACUGAUGCAGGUGUGGAAGGACAAGAGAGAAGCUUCAUGGGUCACGCUAACUGCAGAGAAUCUUUUAGCUUUGAGGAAGGCAAGAUAUACCUCAUCAUGGGCCGAAGUGUGGACCUACCAAGGAUAGGCGGAAGGCUGCUGUACAUCCUGGGCGAGCAGACAUGGAUUGAAUACUGGCCCACAAGCCAAGAAGGUCAGACUGCAAAAUACAAAGAACAAUAUGUGGGUAUCACUGGACUGGCUCAGACUCUCCUUACUUUUGGAUGCACUACAUAAACACCACUUAUACUGAUGCCAAUGCCAUUUAAUAAAUAACUGUUUUCUUUAAGCUCAGUUUUGCUUUUACUCUCCCUGUGAGUCCAAACUCAAUAUAAACAUUUAUUCCAAAAAGGUUCUAAAACAUUCUGUGGUGUCUCGCUUGCAGCAGAUCAUCAAAUAAACUAUAAACUAUG